AUGUCAACCCGCCCCCGUCGCCACGCCGCCCAGCGCGCAAGCCAAGCUAUCACUGACCUAGCUGACAGAGACCGCGAGUCCGACCACAGCCACGGCCCUAUCUCCUCCAGAAUGUCUUCAUUCAACUCCUCGUCCCGCUCCCGCCUGCCCGGUAAGGGCAUCGCCUCCGUUUCUCGGUCAGAAGCCGGUGGCGCUUCUGACCCAGAACACAUCCACCUGACGGUUAAGCUACCUUCGAGCAAGCUGCGGCAGGCGACUUCUAGCUCUGGGAUAAAAAAGGCGGGAAGUGUGGGGAGUAGUAGUUCGAGCAGUGGGGGAGGUAAAGCUGCGGUGAAGAGGGCGAGAGGGGGAAAGAGGAGUCGGGUUUUGGAGAGUAGUGAGGAGGAGGAGGAAGAGAACGAAGUUGAAGUUCUGGGGGAUGAGGACGAAGAAGAGGAAGAGGAGGAGGAUGAAAUCGAGGUUAGGGAGGGGGAGGGGUAUGAUGAGGAUGAGGAAGAUGUUGAGGAUGAAGACGAAGAGAUGCAGGAUUUGGGGGAGGAGGAUGCCGACGGGGAGGAUGAUGAGAUGGAUGUUGAUGCUGAGGGAGAGGAAGAUGCCGAUGGGGAUGUGAAUAUGGAUGCUGGGGUUGUGGGCGCGAGGGCUACGACCGUGCGUGCUGUCCCGCCGGCGAUCAAGGUUACUAAGCCGCCGAAGGAGAGUCCUUCGAACGGGAAGGCUGCUACUGCCUCUAAAGCUAACGACAACGCCGUUCCGGUGAAACGCCCUGCCCCCGAUUCGGACGAUGAGUCCCUCUCUUCAUUGGAAAGCGAGCCCGAAGAGGAAGUCAAUGUUGCGGGCGGCGAGGACGCAGAGGGCGAGGAUGAUGAUGCGGAGGGCGAGGUUGAUGCCGAAGGCGAAGAGGAGGAGGAGGAGGAAGAGAUUGAAGUCGCUGAUGAAGACGCCGAGGGUGAAGAUGUUGAGCAGGACGAGGAUGAGGACGAGGAAGAGGAGGAUGACGACGACGAGAUGAUCUCCCGAGCUCAGACACCCGAUAUGUCGCGUCUUACCGCAAGACAAAGGGCUAGGCUUGGUGAGGCGUCGGGUGAAUACCUCAAGCUCUCCGAUGAAGUCCAAUCCAAAAAACACUUCACCGCCGAAGAGCUGUCCAUGCGCCGCGCGGAAAUGGCCCGUCGCCGCCGCAACCUGUCCGAGAAGCGAAACGAGGAAAUUAAGAUGGAGACUGUCAACAAGCUGCUCAAGAAGCAGGCGCCGCGCACGACCAGGCGUGCUGCGCAGGCGGCAGCUGCCGCUGAGGAAGCCGAGGAGGCGGCUAAGCAGCCUAAACGGCCGGAUCCCAUGAUGAUUAGGUGGGUGAAUAAUAAGAUGGGGAGUGUCGUGGCGGUGCCAGAGGAGUUGUUGGGGACCCAUGCGGGGGUUGUGUUUGGGGCGGGCCCGGGGAAGGGACUGCCUGCGGGGAAGAUGGUCGAGGAGGUUUCAUAA